AUGGAUCUCUACGCAUACUUGGUAGUACUGGUCGUGGUCUUGGUCUUCGUGUUGGUGCUCCCAUUGGUGUCAGGAACUUUUUCCUACAAGCUGGCCUCAUCUGGUGUGAAAAAAGGCUUUGGCAAGACAUCAUCAUCGUCUUCCAAAUCGAAAACUGGUGCCCGUUUCAAGAUCCAACUGAACCACGAUGGUCCCAAUUCAGUCGCUGAGUCUCGCUCAAGCACUCUACGGAAACGCCAGGGCUUCGCAAUCGAUAACGAUCCUAACACUUUUGACUACGAUCUUACAGAACUGAUAGAGGAGGAUCAACGCCAGGAACAGCGUGAACAGGAACUACGGUUCCAAAGACUAGCAGGUCAUGAACAACAAAAUAGCGAGUUAUUGGUGUAA